AUGACGAACGAGCCUGGGACUCCCAACCGAAGAAGAGCUAUUCGGAAGGUCAAUUACAAUGAGAAAGACGCAGAUGAGGACGUGGUGCGAAGGAUUCAACUGAUGGAAAAGAAUAGAGAAGCUAGCUCUGCGUCUGCUGCAAGCAAAAUGAAAGUACCAAAGACAAAGUAUCAAGAGUAUUUGAAUGACAAGAGCACCGCCUGGAACUUUAUACCGUCACUCCCGGCCACUUUCAGAAAGCACAGCCGUUUUUCAAACGUUUUGGAACUGGAAAAUGCUGUGAUAGAUGUGAAGAGCGAUAUUUUAAGCAAUGGAGCUUCAGUGCUUUUUAAGCGUGACGAUCAUAUCUACAUGGUUUCCGAACCGCCUGGGGAGCCAUACUAUAUUGGUAGAGUUGUGCAGUUUGAACCAAAGGCAGAAUUCAGUCAUCUCAUCGAAGAAGGCAAGAAAUAUACUAGUACAUUUCCUGCCAGGUAUUUCCAAGCAAAAAUGAAUUGGUACUACAGGCCUCGAGACGUUCAAGAAAAGGCGCUGAAUGUCAGCCCCAGACUUCUCUAUGCCUCAUUACACAUGGAUUUGUGUCCACUACAUUCUUACCGCGGAAAGUGCACCGUCCUGCAUAGAUCCACCUUAGAAGCCCCAAAAGAAGCGGAACUCGAGGGUCUCACGAAACCCAACACUUUUUACUACGAACAGCUUUUCGAUAGGUAUACGCUGCAGUACUACGAUGUUUGGGAUACUAGGAGACAGCUUCUGCCUCUGGCACCAUCUUCAAUGUAUUUAUCGACCGUCGCCAAACUCUAUCCUUUUGUUUUUGUUGAAGAACAGUUUCCUCUCGAACAAGUCAUCCAAAAGUAUGUACUUGGUAGGAAACCGCCAGAUGAGCAAACUUGGGAUCUCAAAUGUGCUGAAUGUGGGGAUUGGUGCGAAAAGAAUCAAUGUCUUAGAUGCGACGAGUGUCACAUCACUGUACAUUUAUACUGUUUGGAUCCACCACUGGAGCGAAAACCUGCUAAAGGUGUCAUUUGGAUUUGUUCCAAAUGCAACACCAAAGUCGAUGGUCAGCACGAACAUGAUCAGUGGACGCCCAUCGAUCAGCAACUGAAAAACUUUAAUCAAUUCAUCUGCUUGACUAGACUUAAAGAAAACCUCUGGUUCCAUUACCUGGGAUCUAAAGUUGUUGAUAACCUGAUCGACGUAUUAUCACCAGAGCUCUCCUUACCGUUUCCUAUCAAAAAACUCAGAACAGGUUCCAAAUAUCAGUGGAUUGGCUGUGAAAACGAUCAAUGGGAGCCAAAGCCCUACGAAGGCAAAGCAGGCGAACGAGGAGAAGAUGACGAGAAACUUGUUUUAUGGAAAAGCGAUACCAGUAAAUUGUCCGAACUCAAGCUGGAUGAUUACAUUGAGGAGUGUCAGAAAAGGUUUCCGCAAGUACUCGAUAUAGUUCCUCAAACCUGUAACUUUUGGGACAUGAUACUAAACAUUCUAAUGAUCAACGAUUACAAUCCCUCCGUCGCAUUGAAGAAAUGCUCGAGAAAAAUUACAAGAGAGACCCUUCGAGAGCCCAAUUUUACUCAAGCUGAGAUUGCGAAAUUUGAAGAGGGUGUCGCUAAACAUGGAAGUGAAUUGCAUUAUGUUUUCAAGCAUGUCAUAACUCAACCUAUGGCCAUGAUUGUGCGGUUCUAUUAUCAUUGGAAGAAGACGCCGAAUGGCAGAAGGAUUUGGGGUAACUUUGAAGGAAGAAAGAAGAAUAAAAACAAAAGCCUUAUGGGAUCCAAGAAAAAGACCGAAGAUAUGAACAAAACUCAGCGUAUUCGAAAACCCUCGAAGAUAUCACGAGAAAGUGAAACGGCAGUAAGUAAAGAAUGGAAGCACAUUGACGAUUCUUCCUUCGAUUCUGAGAAGAUAUCAACGCUGAAAACAUACUUCAAGUGCAUGUUCUGCGAAGUGGAUUACUCUCCGCUUUGGUUUCGCGUGACAGGCGGCUGUGACGACGAUCAUAUUAAGACAAGAAUGAUUACAGGUGUUAAUGAGAAAACGUCAACGUCUGACAAACUCCCGCGAAAGAAACACCAUGAUGAAGCAAAUCACCAUCUCGAAGCCCUCUGCAUCAGGUGCGCUCGCUUGUGGAGAAGAUAUGCAGUUAAGUGGUACAGCCCCAUGGACGUCAUCAAAAAAUUGAACGGGAAAUAUUCCUCGAGCGUGCGGGCCGCGUUAGACUUGUUACUCACUGACUCUGACGACACAACUGUGAAAGUGCAGCCUAGCCUCUUAUCCGAAAAAUGUGUGGAGUGGGAGUUAGUGCAGGAUUCGGAGCUGAUUAUAAAACAGCGCCUGAGUAUCAUCGGUGAUCCUGAGAAGUUUGCGAAAAUGAAACGCAACUGCCUUUCAGUCCAUGCGCAGCUGAACAAAGUGGUAAGACGCCUCGUUGAGAAGGAUGGCUACUCAGACGGUAGAAUGACACAACUCUUAGAAAAUCUCGUCAGAGAGUUUGCUGCAGAAGCCCGUAAAAAGGAGAGACAGGCUAAAUCAAAGGAAGAGCGAUUAUUAGCCAUGCAGAAUCGCUCUAAAAUAACAACCCAGACACCUGCAAAGAGAACUUCGGGGCCUCGCGAAGUCGGACUAGUAACAUCUGCUGAAGCGCAUACUAAGAAUGGUGCACGAAAAAUUUCAAAGGAAGCCAUUGCAGGAAAAAAUACAAAGCAAGACCUUGCUGUACCGAGUGGCGACAAAGUAGUGGACGUUUUUGUCGGUGAAAAUAGAAGAAAAAUUGGUGAAAUUAAGGUGGACGACAGUUUCGAAAAUAUACGGUUGUCUGAUGAACUCUUCUCAUAUAUUUUCAAGUCCGAGCAUCCUCCACAAAAUCUUGUUGUUCAGUCACAACCAAAAACAUCUGAUGGGAUCGAGGACUGUGAAAGCACACAUAUUAACAAAGCGAAGGGACAGAUGAAAGCUUCGGACUUCUCAGCAUUUCAAGUUACCAAUGCUUCUAAUGCGCCUAUCGUUACCGAUGGAAGCUUUCCAAAAAUAUUAGAAGCAUACCACAAGCAUAAUCCGUUCUACAAUGAGUGGUCUCAAGGCAAACUUCCUAGAAUCAACUACGAGCAUUUGCAAAAAAUGACGACGGACCCAAAUCCACUCAUCUCGAACCAUUUAGGGCGACGUGCAAAGUCUCCAUUUUCUAUCGGCAGCAAAACAGGAAGUAGUAGCACAUUAAAGAAACGCGAUUUUUGUUGCGUAUGUCAUUUGAAGUUUGCUCAAGAUAGAGACGAGGAAAUUUUAUGCCAAAAUUGUGGGCUCAAUGUUCAUUUCUUUUGUUACGGACUGGAUGCACCUAAUCGAAGCAAAGGACUCAGGCAAGAUGUUCCAUUCAAAGACUAUCAUUGGUUAUGCGACCCUUGUAGCAAUGAACUAAAUCCGAUAGCCACGGAGAAUUAUCAGUGUUGCCUAUGUAACGCACAUGAACAUGAUGAUGAUGGUGCUCGACUGUUGAAGGGCCGCUCAAUUCCAGAUGCCCUUAAAAUAACUGCUACGGAAGAAUGGUCCCACGUAAGCUGCUCGCUAUUCAAUGAGAACAUUGCAUAUAAUGCUUCGGGUAAGCUACAGUGUGUGGGAAAAAUAACAAAAACCUUAUUGAGAGGUGAUCAGCAAACUUGCUCUGUUUGUCGCAAUAAUGGUGGCGGUCUUGUAAAGUGCACUGCUUGUUCCUUAUGGUGUCAUGUUACAUGCGGUCAAGACGCACCGGGAUACACCUUCAAAUUUGAUAGAGUACAAGCGAGUUCAAACGGUGAACAGAAGAGGGUUGUAGAAAUCGAUGGUGAAGUGUCAGAAAUCAGGCCGGUCCUGGUAUGCCCAAAUCAUGAUCAGACACAGUUUGCUAGUCACCUACCUUUAAACUAUAGAACUGAACAAGGCGAAUCACUGCAAGAGAUUUAUUGCAAAAACUACAAGAAUUCAGGAUCAUUCGAGACCAGCCCUGUCAAAAUGAAGCUAGCCGAAAUGACGGAUAAAUCUAUGGGCAUGUUGACAGGGGCAAUAAAUGAUGUUUACAGUGCUGAAUCCAAGAAUAAUAUCACUGCUGAAGUGAAACAGUGCGAGCAUUGCAAAUGCCAUAGUUCAAUAUAUUGGUAUGGAAACAAAUGUUAUUCGUGCUAUAACAACAUUGCCGACAUAGACACUGGCUUGCUUUCCGAUGAGGAAGAGAACGAGAAGGAUACCGAUCACUCGGAUAGACUCGCUUUUUUGGAAUUGAAAGAGGAGUUUCUGAAAGAUAUUCACAUUGAUAGAUCAAACUCUUCCAAUAUUGCGACACCUCGAGUCAAAAGGUCUAGGACCCCGGGUCCAUUGAAGGGAGUUAAAAAGGCAAAGAGCGUGAAAGUGGAGGACUCAGGAUCACCGUCAGAAAUCACGUCUGUUGUAGUGCAAAACCCGAGAAAUUGA